AUGAAGGUAAAAUUUGGAAUAGCUUUUGUUAUAGCCGUUCUGUUAGGCGCUUCAACAGACGCAGCAAUUCACAAAAUGACUUUGAAAAAAAUUCCGGAAACCCCAGCCCAAAAAAUGAACCGCUAUUCUCAGUCUGAUGAGUAUUUAACCCAAAAAUAUUUUGGAAGUUCUCGUCGUAUGCAAGAAGCGAAUCAAAUGUUCGUUUCCGAUCUCGACGGAAUGGUAGAACAUGGGGUUCCAUUGACUAAUUACAUGAACGCUCAGUACUUUGGUGAAAUUGCCCUCGGCACACCACCCCAAACAUUCAGUGUUAUCUUCGAUACGGGUUCAUCUAACCUCUGGGUUCCAUCGACUCAUUGUACAUCGAUCGCAUGUUUCCUUCAUCGUCGGUAUGACUCUGGUCAAUCUAGCACCUUUAAAGCUAAUGGAACAGAGUUUGCUAUUCAUUAUGGCUCAGGUAGUCUUGAAGGAAUUAUUAGUAAUGAUGUUUUGACGGUCGGAGACCUUGAGAUCAAAAAUCAAGACUUUGGCGAGUCUGUCAAAGAGCCUGGAUUGACAUUCGCAUUCGGAAGGUUUGAUGGAAUAUUUGGACUUGCCUAUGAUCGUAUUUCUGUCAAGGGUGUCGUUCCUCCGUUUUACCACAUGGUGAAUCGUGGUAUCAUUGAUGAACCAGUCUUCUCAUUUUGGAUCGGCGAUGCCGAGAAAGACGGAGAUGUAGGAGGAGAGCUCAUUUUUGGAGGUGUCGAUGAAUCUCGCUAUUCUGGUGAAAUCCACUGGGCACACGUUCGCAGAAAGGCAUAUUGGGAAGUCGAACUUGAAAAGGUCAUUUUCGAUGGCGAAGAAGUCGACAUGGAAGGUACCGGAGCUGCUAUCGACACCGGUACUUCCUUAAUUGCCGUUCCCACCACAUUCGCUGAUUUAAUAAACAAACAAAUCGGAGCAAAGAAAAAUUUUGCCGGUCAAUACAUUAUUGAAUGUGAUAAAGUUCCUUCUUUGCCCGAUUUUACUUUCCAGUUCAACAAAAAAGCAUUCACAUUGAAAGGAUCAGAUUAUAUCCUGAAAGCUCAAAACCAAUGUAUUUCGGCAUUUAUGGGUCUCGAUAUUCCAGAGCCACUUGGGCCUAUUUGGAUUGUUGGAGAUGCUUUCCUUCGUAAAUACUACACGAUCUAUGAUCUUGGAAAUAACCGGGUCGGUUUUGCCAAAUCGAGAUAA